AUGUUUGUGUUGUUGAUAUUAGUGGCAUUGAUAAAAAGGCACCAGCAAACACCUGCAGCACCAUCAACGACAGUAACAGUAACACCACAAAAAUCAGUAACAGCAUGUUCCUCACAAGUAGCAACAACAACAGAAGCAACAGCAACAACAAAAUCAUCACCAUUAGCAGCAGUAAAAUUACCACAAAUGGUCAAACCACAAUCAGUAACUGCAACUAAACCUUUGGCGGAAACAACAGCAAAACCAACAGAUACUACAACAACAGAUCCACCAUCAACAGAAAUAGUGCCAAUAGAAGAAUCAGAGGCAGCAACAGCACGAAGAAUCCUGUCAGCACCACCACCACAACCACUACCAGUACCACCACCACCACCUCCGGCCACAGAAACAGCAGCAGCAACAAGUGCAGCAGCAACUGAACCAACAACAACAGUAGAAGCAGCAACAAAACCAUCAAAAACAGUUGCAGCAACAUAA